CGGGCCCAUAGAUAUACGGCGAGCCGCCUCCGGGCCGGGGGUGACGCCGCUACCUGGCCCGGGGGAACGGCUGGGGCUGCGGUUAUUUUCGGCCUUUCGCGUGGACAGCUUCAGAGAAUGCUCCAAGAAUAGGGAAUGAAGUGGAAGUCAACUGAAUUCUCUUGUGCACUACUGAGACGAAAUGACAUUCAUGUUUAUGGUGAAUGGAAGUCAUGGCAGCAUCUAACAUGGGCGGGAAAGACAUGAAUGGACAAUGUGGCGUGACUCGUUCAGAUUGCAAAUCUUCUGCCUGCUUAUGGCAGGACUGGCUAUCGUGGUGCUGGUCCAUAAUUUUUUUCAGUUAGAGUACCAACCAUUGAAGAACCAACUGAAAUACAGAAACUUGAUCUUGGGAGCUGACACUGAACACAAGAGUGUUCAAACACAGCACCUGGAUGAUGACACAAUUUCGGGAUCAAAUUGGAUAACAGAAAACAAUGUCCAGCAUUCUCUAUCCCAGACAACCAAAACUACCAGGAAGCCUUACUGCAGUUACAAGCAGCAGACUUUGUCCAAAAGAGAACAAGCAGAACAGGAAUCGUUGCUUGCUGCAAUACUGUGGCCAAAACCCCCUGAUGGCAAAAUUGCCUUCGUAGAAAGCACUGAUCCUGCACAUAGUGACUUUGUGAUUGUGAAACCCAGCAGGUUCUUCAAGGUGGGGGAUGAGUUAGAGGUGCUUGUUCGCGUGAAGGAUUUCCAAGGCAAACCCAAGCAGUAUGGUGGAGACUAUCUACAGGCACGAAUUCACUCUCCUCUGCUGAAAGCUGGAGCAACAGGAAGGAUUGUAGAUUGCCGUAACGGCCUUUACAAAGUCUUCUUUACCUUGCUUUGGCCAGGAGAGGUCAAAGUUUCUGUGUCACUUGUCCAUCCGAGUGAAGCAAUCCAAGUCCUCCUGCGUUUACGAGAAGAAAAGCCGGACAGGGUCUAUUUCAAAAGCUCGUUCAAGUCUGGGAGGUAUUCGGAAACUACCGAGUGCAAUGUUUGCUUGCCUGGAGAUCUCCCGGUCUGUAACUUCACAGAUCUUUACACGGGUGAGCCAUGGUUUUGUUACAAGCCUCGAAAACUGUCCUGUGCCAGCCGAAUCAGCCAUGCCAAGGGUGGAUAUCAAAAAGGGCUUCUGACACAAGAGGAAAGCCUCUUUUUCCAAAGUGAUGUGAAUAUCAAAAGGCCAAUACUCUCCAGUGGACCCGAUUCAGUGAUUGUAAAGCCCAAGGCAUUUACAGAUGCCAGCAGUAUGGACAAAGCUGAAGAUCCCACAGUUUCUCCUUCUGGGUUUUAUUAUGAAGACCAGUGGAGGUCCAGAACACACUGGAUCCAUCAUUUUAACAAGUCAGAUGAUAUAACCAAGUGCUUACAAGGAAAAGUAAUCCACUUGUUUGGCGACUCUACAAUAAGGCAGUGGUUUGAAUAUCUGACAGCAUUUGUUCCAGAUCUAGUGGAAUUUAACCUGGGGAGUCCUAAGAACGUGGGCCCUUUCAUGUCUGUGGACCUGAAGCACAAUAUCCUACUGAAGUUCCGCUGUCACGGGCCACCCAUUCGCUUUUCAACAGUCUUUAGCAGUGAACUGCGCUACAUUGCCAAUGAACUGAAUGGCAUAGUGGGUGGGAGAAACACGGUGAUAGCCAUCACUAUAUGGUCCCACUUCAGCACUUUCCCUGUGGAAGUGUAUAUCCGGCGGCUGAGGAACAUUCGGAGAUCAAUUAUUCAACUGCUGGAUCGCAGCCCCAAGACUUUAAUCGUCAUCAGAACCGCUAACGUUCAGGAGCUUGGACCGGAAGUGAGCCUCUUUAACAGUGACUGGUAUUCCUUUCAGCUUGAUUCUGUCAUGAGGAAAAUGUUCUCAGGAAUUGCUGUGCACUUUGUGGAUGCUUGGGAGAUGUCUCUGGCUCAUUACUUGCCACAUAACUUGCACCCAAAAGAAGUCAUUGUUAAGAAUCAAAUAGAUGCGUUUUUAUCUUACGUGUGCCCUCUGCAAACUUAGCACAAGUGGGUAUCCCUAUGUCAUCUUUUGCUAUAGCCGAAGUAAAGUUGCUCUUUGCUGGAGCUAUCGAACGAUGUUGGAUGGUAUGGAAGAACUCUGGUUAUUGUACUUGCAUGCAGUACAAGCGGGGUGGCCUUAACUCUGGGUAGCUGUGAAGGGUGGUAAAGAGGAGUCGACUGUUCUUCCUGCAAGGUUGAUUCCUUUCAACCUUAUCAGUCAUAUCUGAGAUUAUUAGAGAGCACCUUAAAUUAAAUUGACAGGAUUCAAUACGAAAUUAUGUGGGUUAUUAGCUUUACUAGUUGUCUGCACCGUAUGCUUGAUUUAAUCCAUAUGAUACUGAUUCCGUUGCCAGGGUCUUGCUGCUCAGAACUGUGUGUGAAACCUGGGAAGGAUUUUGGGAGGGGUCUUUCCCUCAGUGUUCUGGAGUUAGAGGGACAUCCCCUCCAGUUGUAUGUCAGAGAAGCACAGUGUCUAUUCUUGUUUCAAAGUCCUGAUUAGCAACAUGAAGGGAGUGUACCAAAAUCGCUAAUAUCAAUCAAGGAAGCACAAUCAAAAUAUCUGUAGUAAUAAGUUACCAAGAAUUUGCUGAAAUUUAAUAGAGCACACUAGUUAGGCACCCUUGGUGUUUACAGAUGGCUGCUAAAUAAUGCAAAUAGCCAGUAUUUUAGUUUGGUUUCCUGUACUACUGAGUCUCUUCUGAGCUUUGAUACACUGUCUACUUCUUCAUUUAUCUGUAAUGAAGAAAUGCAUAUAUUAUGACCUCAAUGAAGACACCGUCUCAGGCAGUUUCUGCAAGUUCAAGUUGCAGGCUCGCCUACUUGAAGCUUGAAGCAUUUGCUACUUAAAAGUGUUUCCCUUCCCUGUAAGACAAAGCUAUUCCGUUAUGCUCCUGCAAAGCUGGACUUCUGGUAAUUACUCUUGUACAUCAUUUAUACGUUGUGCCUGCAUGGAGAAGCCAAGUGACCUGAAUGCACUUGACGAUGUUUGGCAAUGGGUAACAGUAACUGGCACUCACUGGUGUCAAGGCCAUGCGAUGAUGCCCCUUCUGUGUUUGGCAGUUUUAUCAUUUAUUCAUGAGCUUCACUGCUGCCAGUAUGAAAGGCCAAAAAACCCACACCCAAAAGCCAAACACACAGAGGGUUGCCCUUCAAACAGAUGCUUGGUAGGUAUUUGCGGUUUUGCUGAUGUGAAAGCUGGUGGCUCUCGGGCCUCUGGGCGUGGUGUUUGCUGCUGCCGAUUUGACUGAGCCCGUGUAUAGUUUUAACAAGUAGCGUUUUGUAAAGAAAGUUUUGAUUAAAUUCUACCCCCAAAUUAAACAGCAGUGUUCCAUGUUUCUGGUCCCAGUCAGGCCAGAGGUAGUCUCUACCAGCGGCCUCACUGAGAAAGGACAUGAGGAAAUGGCCUCAAGUUGCACCAGGGGAGGUUUAGGUUGGAUAUUAGGAAAAAUUUCUUCACCGAAAGGGUUGUCAAGCACUGGAACAGGCUGCCCAGGGAAGUGGUUGAGUCGCCAUCCCUGGAGAUAUUUGAGACACGUAGACGUGGCACUUAGGGACAUGGUUUAGUGGUGGACUUGGCAGUGCUUGGUUAACGGUUGGACUUGAUGAUCAUAAAGGUCUUUUCCAACCAAAAGAAUUCUCUAUGUCUCAAAACAGUAGUGGAGUGCUUCUGAAGCAGCUCAUCAUGCUUAAGUAGAAUAUGAAAGUUGAGUCUUUGUGAGCUAACUGACAAGAUUAGUAAGGCAAAUUGGUAGGUUGCAGAGAGUGGAAUGAUUGAAAUAUCUUCGUAUUAGAGAUGUUUUACUCUUUGCCAGGUUUGCUGCUAUGUUAGGAAGAUUGUACUCUUACUGCUGGAGCCCCAAGAGAGCUAAUGCUACCAGCUACAGGAACGGUAUUUUUGUUUUCUUCAUUUUAAAAGACAACUGAGAACUGUUUUAAAAACAUGUAAAUGCUUUUAGCAUGUAAAAGUUGUCAGUAGCAUCCAUCUAUACACAUACCAAUUUUAAAAUGUUUUAAAAUGACUGGAGGAGUGGCAUACACUGGAAUAGCAUUUAUUUAUUUCAAAUCAGAAUUAAGGAGGUCCAAUUUGCCGGUUCCUAUCGACAACCGCCUGACAUAGCAUCUGUCCAUACAUUAGCUUUAGGUAACUAUUUCUUACUUUAAUAUGUUAAUGGCAAUUUAUUCUCUGCUAAAAAGAGAUCAGACCAAUUCAGGUCUGGGAAAGUAAACCACCACAAUGCAAAAUGACCUUUCAUCUUUUCCAGGUAUGUUUUUUUAAAAUAGGUAGAGUAUAAGGCUUUCAUCCUGAAUAACAAAUCUAUCCAAAUAAUGUUAAUGAAAAUAAGACUUCAGACUUUUACUUUGAAGGAAACUACUUAAUUUGUGGACUAACCAUUUGGUUUUCCUCAUAAAGUCAUAUCAUGUGUGAAAGUGUUGUGGUGGCAUGUUUCUUCUCCAAAUGUUGUAGUGCUCACCACUGCCCUUUCUUCCACAGCAACUUUAUAUCGCUUUUAGCAGCCAAGAACAGAUAGAGAAGAGCAUAUUUUUUUUAAUGUUUUGACAAUUGAGGGAAAGAGAACAAGACUGCUAUUAGCAAAGAUGUUUAAUCACGUUCUAGUAGAACCUCUCCCUUUUAGAUUAAUUAGAUUAAUUUUUUAGUAACAGAUUAACUUUUAGGCAAUGAACUUGAGGGAAAUUGCCAGUUGAUUUGGAAUGAGGACCAAUAUUUCGUUUCUUUGGGCUCUGGAAUAGACAGGAAGGAGAAAGGGGGAAACUAAGGAUUUACUCAUAUUUUAAGAUGAAGUCUGGGGACACUAUGUUUUUAUAUGUCAUUCAGUUGAACUAUAAAUGAUUUUUCAUUUCUAGUCUUGUCUUUUUACCAGUUGCAGCAGUUGUGUAUGUACUGUAUAUGGAAACAUAGAAGCAAUAAAAUAUUUUUAAUUUGGUUUCUUUAAA